AGUACCGUUAUUCAGAACGGACCAGAAGAAGAACUGCAGCAAUGGCGGAGUCUGAAAGUAAUGUGGAACUUAAACGAAAAGCUGAAGAUGUUCCAGAAGCUGAAGCCGGGAAUGGAGAGGGAGAAGAGGAGGAGUGGGUCGGCCCCAUGCCCAGCGAGGCCACACAGUCCAAGAAACGGAAAGUUCUGGAGUUUGAACGUGUUUACCUGGAUAACCUGCCUUCAGCUGCCAUGUAUGAACGGAGCUACAUGCACAGAGACGUGAUCACACAGAUAGUCUGCUCCAAGACAGACUUCAUCAUCACAGCCAGCCAGGACGGCCACAUCAAGUUCUGGAAGAAGAAAGAGGAGGAGGGGAUCGAGUUCGUCAAACACUUUAGAAGUCAUCUCGGUGUGAUCGAGAGCAUUGCUGUCAGUGCUGAAGGUGCUCUCCUCUGCUCUGUUGGUGACGAUCAGGCCAUGAAAGUAUUUGAUGUAGUCAACUUUGACAUGAUCAACAUGCUGAAGCUGGGCUUUCAUCCAGGUCAGAGCGAGUGGAUCUACAACCCAGGCGACGCCAUCUCCACAGUGGCCUGUUCAGAAAAAUCCACGGGGAAGAUCUUCGUCUACGAUGGAAGAGGAAGCAACCAGCCGCUCCACAUCUUCACCAAGAUGCACUCCUCCCCGCUCUCCCAAAUCCGCCUCAAUCCCAAAUUCCGAGUCAUCGUCUCUGCGGACAAAGCGGGGAUGUUGGAGUACUGGACCGGCCUCCCUAAUGAGUUCAAAUUCCCCAAAUACGUGAGCUGGGAAUACAAAACAGACACAGACCUUUAUGAAUUUGCAAAACACAAAACCUAUCCCACCAGUCUGGCGUUUUCUCCCGACGGGAAGAAGAUGGCCACCAUCGCGUCGGACAGGAAGGUCCGGAUCUUCCGCUUCCUCACGGGGAAGCUGAUGAGAGUGUUUGAUGAGUCGUUAACUAUGUUCACAGAGCUGCAGCAGAUGAGGCAGCAGCUGCCUGACAUGGAGUUCGGGAGACGGAUGGCGGUGGAGAGAGAGCUGGAGAAGGUGGACGGGAUCCGACUCACCAAUAUCAUCUUUGAUGAGACCGGACACUUUGUGCUGUACGGCACCAUGCUGGGCAUCAAGGUCAUCAACGUGGAGACGAACAGGUGUGUUCGUAUCCUCGGCAAGUUGGAGAACAUCCGUGUGGUGAAGCUGAGUCUGUUUCAGGGAGUCGCUAAGGCCAUGCAGGUGGCGGCGCCUACAGUAGAGAUGAAGGCCUCGGACAACCCUGCCUUAGAGAACUUGGAGCCGGACCCCACCAUAUUCUGCACCGCCUUCAAGAAGAACCGCUUCUACAUGUUCUCAAAGAGAGAACCAGAGGACACGAAGAGCGCGGACUCGGACAGAGACAUCUUCAACGAGAAACCCUCGAAGGAAGAAGUGAUGGCCGCCACGCAGGCUGAGGGACCCAAGAGAGUGUCUGACAGCGCCAUCAUCCACACCACCAUGGGAGACAUCCACAUCAAGCUGUUCCCCGUAGAGUGUCCCAAAACUGUGGAGAACUUCUGCGUCCACAGCAGGAACGGAUACUACAACGGACACAUCUUCCACAGAGUCAUCAAGGGUUUUAUGAUCCAGACCGGAGACCCCACAGGAACAGGGAUGGGAGGUGAAAGCAUCUGGGGAGGAGAGUUUGAGGACGAGUUCCACGCCACGCUGAGACAUGACCGCCCGUACACACUCAGUAUGGCAAACGGAGGCCCGGGAACCAAUGGAUCCCAGUUUUUCAUCACUGUAGUACCGACUCCCUGGCUGGAUAACAAGCACACCGUGUUUGGAAGGUGUGCGAAGGGCAUGGAGGCCGUCCAGAGGAUCUCAAACGUCAAAGUGAACCCCAAAACAGACAAACCGUACGAAGACAUCAGCAUCAUCAACAUCACCAUCAAGUGAUCGUCCUUUUUAUCGUGCCCUGUACAGCAAUGUGUCUUUUUUUACCAGAAUAUGUUAUUAAAGAAUGAUGAGUGAGACCAGA